AGAAAAAAAUGAAAAAGCAAAACUAAAGUAAAGUUAUAAACACUCAAAAUUUUUGGACUGAAUCUCAAACGCAACAAUGAACCGUCUCCUCCUCUCCUUCUCCCUCUUCAUUUUCCUCUCCAUCAAUUCUCAUCUCUCAGCUGUUGAUUCAAUUUCCUUCAAAUUCAUUAACAAAUGCCGUUACCCCGUCUGGCCUGGCCUCCUCUCCGGCGCCACCUCUCCACAGCCUCCGACCACCGGUUUCACUCUCAAACCUGGAAAAUCAAGAUCCGUUUCCAUUCCACCUUCCUGGUCGGGUCGUUUAUGGGCGAGAACUCACUGUUCUCGAGACUCCUAUGGUAAAUUUUACUGUCUCACUGCCGAUUGUGGCUCCGGUAAGCUUGAGUGCGGUGGAAGCGGCGCUAUUCCACCGGCUACUUUGGCUGAGUUUACUCUCAACGGUGCCGGCGGUUUGGAUUUUUAUGAUGUUAGCUUAGUCGACGGUUAUAAUCUCCCGAUGCUUGUGAUUCCGAGGAAGGCUACUAACGGAAGUUGCGGCGCUACCGGCUGUUUGAUUGACCUGAAUGCGGCGUGUCCCAAGGAGUUGAAGCUGGUGGCGCGUGCGAACAGAAGAAGAGGGGUUGCUUGUAGAAGCGCGUGUGAGGCUUUUGGAGAGCCGCGGUUUUGUUGUAGUGAGGGUUAUGCUACGCCUGACACGUGCUCUCCCUCGGUUUAUUCUUUGUUUUUUAAACAUGCUUGCCCACGCUCGUAUAGCUACGCGUAUGAUGAUAAAACCAGCACUUACACCUGCGCGAGUACUGAUUAUAUGAUCAUAUUUUGCCCGCUGCCGCAUACGAGCCAGAAAUUGCUAGAAAGCCGAAAGGAUGGUGCGCAACUUCCACUGGUGAACAAGACUAUGAUGUACUUAUCAAAAAAAUAUGCAAUCAGCAGAGGUAGAUAGCAUCAAGCUGAAGGGUAACAUUCCUCUAUGCUGAAUCAAUAUUCUAGUCUACUUUCAUUUGUUGAUGGAUUGAGCGAUCCGUCAUACGACUGAAGUUCUGCAUAAUGGCUACGUCUGUCGGAAAACUUGAGAAAUGUUAACUUUGUAUAUUCCUUCCUCUCUAUCCUAGUUAGCUUUCUGCUUCAUACUGAUUUUUGGAGUAUUAUAUAGUUCAAAUAUAUGUUUUGCAUUAUAAGUUUUGUAAUGAAAAGCUAAAUGUCAAAAAAUACAAAAAUUAUCAGUUAGUUUUCUGAGAAA